AAACUACAACUGUUUUAAUUUAUUUUAUUUUUUAAUUUAGAACUUCGAGGAAGUAAGAACCGAAAAGACAGCAAAUGGUCUCUCAUUUUUGCCAUUUCUGGUUUUCCAUUUGUUCUUAAUUUUGGAAGAAUUCUUCAAAAUUUAUUGGGUCCCAUUGCAUAUCACCUCAAACUAUCCAAUCCAAGUUGUUAUUGAUCGAUCGAUCGAUUUCUGUUUGUUGAAAGCUUUCUUUGGCAACAUCUCUCUCUCUCUCUCGUCACAGGAGCCGCGUGGUCAUUUACUUCUUUUGAUGCUUCUCAUUUCUCUGCCCAGAGAGAGAGAGAGAGAGAGAGAGAGAGAUGAGAAUGUUUCCCUAGUUACAGAAAUCUGAAAAUUUUUCAUGCACAGAGCCCAGGUGACAUGAAUGAUUAAGAAAUGGGGAAAAGGGGGAGUUGGUUCUUUUCCUUGAAGAGAAUUUUCAAUCCUAAGAGAUCCAAAUCAAAGAAACAAGAGAAGGAUCUAGAUCUGCUUUGUUCUGAAUGUGAAGAAACUACUGCAUUAGCAAUUUCUGCCCCUCCUCCACCUCCACCUCCACCUCCACCCCCAGCAUCAGCAUCAGCACCAGCACCAGCACCAGCAUCAGCACCAGCACCAGCACCACCACCGCCACCUCCGCCUCCACCACCACGUGCUGUUCUUCUUCCUCCCCCUGUAGAAAAUGUGAAAUUAACUGAAGCUGAGAACGAGCAGUGCAAGCUUGCAUAUACUGCGGCAAUUGCCACUGCUGCAGCUGCUGAGGCAGCUGUUGCUGCUGCCCAUGCUGCUGCUGAGGUUGUUCGGCUCACUAGUGUGUCAGGUUACUCUGAAAAACUGAGCGAAGAAGAAGCUGCUAUCAGGAUUCAAACGGCAUUUAGAGGAUAUUUGGCAAGGAGGGCACUACGAGCUUUGAAGGGAUUGAUGAGAUUGAAGAUGUUAAUACAAGGCCAAUCUGUCAAACGGCAAGCGACUAACACCUUACAAGCAAUGCAGACACUUGCUCGUGUGCAGUCUCAAAUUCAUGCAAGGAGGAUCAGAAUGUCUGAGGAGAACCAGGCCCUGCAGCGGCAGCUCCAACAAAGACGUGAGAAAGAGCUUCAGAAGUUGAAAGAUGCUAUUGGAGAACAAUGGGAUGAUAGCAUGCAGUCAAAGGAGCAAAUUGAAGCAAGCUUACUUCAAAAGCAAGAAGCUGCUAUGAGAAGAGAAAGGGCAUUGGCUUAUGCAUUCUCUCGUCAGCAAACAUGGAAGACCUCUUCAAAAUCAGCAAACCCAACAUUUAUUGAUCAAAAUAAUCCGCAGUGGGGUUGGAGUUGGUUAGAAAGAUGGAUGGCAGCCCGGCCGUGGGAGAGCCGGAGCACCGUAGAUACUAAUGAUCAUGCCUCUGUUAAAAGCACAGCAAGCCGUGCCAUGUCUAUUGAUGAAAUCAGCAGAUCUUACUCUCUUCGUGAUCUCAACCGCGAUAAUAAGCUUUCACCUAGUCCCCUAACGUCUAACCGACCUCUCCUUCUUCGAUCCCCUUCAACUCAUCCUUCCAAAGCGCCUUCUAUAUCAUUACUAACCAGGAAUACAAAACCAUCAAGCCCAAAAGGGAGUGUUCGAGGUGGGGAUGAUGACUCAAGGAGUUUGUUCAGAGUCCAGUCCGAGCGUUAUAGUAAUGACCAUACCUCUGUUAAAAGCACAACAAGCCUUGCCAUAUCUAUUGGUGAAAUCAGCAGAGCUUACUCUCUUCGUGAUUUCAACCGGGAUAAUAAGCUUUCACCCAGUGUUAGCCGACCUUCCAUUCGCCGAUCCCCUUCAACUUCUUCUUUCAAAGUGCACUCUAUAUCAUUACUAACCAGGAACACAAAACCAUCAAGCCCAAAAGAGAGUGUUUGGGGUGAGGAUGAUGACUCGAGGAGUUUGCUCAGUGUCCAGUCUGAGCAUUAUUGGAGGCACAGUAUAGCGGGAUCAUCAGUAAGAGAUGAUGAGAGCCUUGCUAGCUUACCUUCUGUUCCAAGUUACAUGUCGUCCACAAAGUCAGCAAAGGCAAAAUCUCGGUUGCCGAGCCCAUUAGGGCUGUAUAAGAAAGGGACACAAGAAAAGGCAUCAGUGGGUUCUGCAAAGAAGCGGCUUUCAUUCUCUGCUUCCCUAGCUGGAUCAAGGAGGCAUCAUGGUCCUCCUAGGAUGGAUCCCAUUGUCAAUAACAACUAUGACUUGCACACAGAAGAGAAAACUGUCAACGGAAAAAGCAACAUCUAGGCAUGUCACUAACAACUACGAAGCACACACAGAAGAGGAAACCGUCAACGGAGAAAGCAGCAGGUAGCACAGGGGACAAUUUCAUUUUAGGUAUUACUGAUAAAAAGAGAUUCAUUGAAAAAAGAUUUGAUAUAUGCAUCCAUUUUCCUUUAUAAGCAACUAGUUUUCUAAAAGUGCGAAGGGAAAAAAAGGGAAUAAAACUGUAUGAUUGUUGCAAUUGUUGUUGUCAUCAUCGUCAUCAUCAUCGCUAAGACCUUUUUAUUCUUCUAAACAAAAUGCAAUUGUUAAAUAUUUGUUAUGUAUUAGGAUUGAUUGGAAGAUGAUAAUAGUAUGAUUUAUGUAGUUUUGGUGUUGACA